AUGUCUGAAAAAACCAUUGUUUAUCGCCUUGGACUCGAGGGAGAUGGUUCCCUCAGUAAAAUUAAAAAUUAUAUUCGUUUCCCACCACCUUUAAGACCCUACAUUCUUCGUUUCAAUAUUCCUUCCGGUUCCCUUGCUUCCCACGGAGGAGUUCUGAACACAAAUUAUCCAUUGAACGGUGGGGAAUUCGACCGAAGGAAGUUUUAUGCGAAAAGAUUCCCAAGUGAUUUUUCAAAUCCUCACAAUGUGGAUAUAGUUAUUCAAAGACCAGGAACUUUUGAAUUCUUUGUAGAAUAUCAGAGUUUACCUACACCAGAAAAAAGCAAAAGUGCUAUAAGGACAUCGGAAAAGUGUUAUUUUACUGUUGAUCCGAUUCUUGAAAUAAUUCCGCGACGAAGGAUUUUGUCAUCUGAACCUAUAUCCGAUGAACCUAAGGUACCAAUUCCUUUAGAUGGAGUAGUUAUUCAAUCUAUCCUGCCAAAAUUGAUGGGAAAUUUUUCACAAUGGGAUCCUUAUGUUAAAAUUACAUCUGAUCUUGGUUACAAUAUGGUCCAUUUUUUGCCAAUGCAAAUUCGUGGUGCAUCAAAUUCUCCAUAUUCUAUAUAUGAUCAUUUGUCAUUCUCAGAUGAUUUAUUUGAUGAAGGUGAUCGCAAUAAAAGUCCUAAAGAAAAAAUAAAAAUUGUUAAAAAAACAAUAACCAAUCUUGAAGAGGAAUAUGGACUUUUGAGUUUAACAGAUAUAGUAUGGAAUCAUACUGCUCAUAAUAGCGAAUGGCUUCAUGAACAUCCAGAAGCCUGUUAUAAUUUAGUAAAUUCACCGCAUCUCACUCCAGCUUUCGAACUGGAUAGAGCUUUUCUCGAAUUUUCAAAAAAUAUUUCUUCAUUUGAUCUUCCAACCCAUAUACACUCUGAAGAUGAUUUAAAUAAAAUUAUUGAAAGCACAAAAAUUCAUGUUAUCAAUGAAAUAAAAUUAUGGGAAUUUUAUGUAAUUGAUGUCCAGACAACUAUAAAAGAAGUUCGAAAAUCCAUGGAAAGUAAUCAAUCCUUUGACAAAGAAAUUUUCAAGGAUAUAAAUAUUGCUUCACUUUCCUUUAAAGAUCAAGCCCAAUUAUUAGCUGAUAAUUGUAUUUACGAAAGUGGUUCUUUUGGACAAAGAUUUUAUAAAAAGAUCAAAAUUGAUGUAGCACGAGCAUUCAUUGAACGAUUGAUCGAAACUGAAGCAAGAAUUGAAUAUACAGUGGAAAUUGAUGAAACUUAUAUUCCAACAAAAGAAGAGUUGAGAUUACAUCCAGAUCCAGAAAUUGGAUCUUCGAAACCAAAACAAGAAAAAUCUCGCGGUAUUGAGGAAAAAAGGCCCGAAAUCAAGACUUCAUUCUCGCUUGAAUCAAUUACAGAGCUACCUACCUUUAUUAAAAGACCGAGAAGCAAAUCUGAAGAACAAAUAAAAACUGAAAUCAAACCACAAUCAAAUCCCGAAAUUUCUCGAGAAAUUAAGUCAAAGGAUGUAUCAACUAAAGUUGACUCGGCCAAAUCUUCUGAAGUCACCACUGUAACAGUUACAACAGAUUCAACCACAUCCAAUGAAGUUGCAAAUAAAAAAGUUUCUUCUGCAGGAAAACAGGUUAUUCCUGAUAUUAAGAAAAAUAUUAAGCCAAGGACCCGUCGGGUCAGAGUUACUUUGUCAUUGAAUGAGAUUAAGGAGAAAAAAUUAUUAUCACUUCUCAACGAAGUGAACCUUCCGUAUUAUAAGCAAUAUGACAGUGAUGUAGCAGUAAUUCUGAAAAAUGUUAAGAAUCGCGCCAAAUACUUGAGACUUGACGAUCACGGUCCCAAACAGGGUGAAAUUAGUCGAAAAUAUCCUCUUAUCGAACCAUAUUUCACUAUCAUUCCUCAUAAUGAUGAAACUCGACAUUUUCCUGAAGGAUCAUUUAUUGUCGCAAAUAAUGGUUGGAUCUGGAAUGCUAAUCCAUUAAAUGAUUUUGUUGGAAGUAACUCGAAAGCAUAUUUAUUGAGAGAAGUGAUUGUUUGGGGAGAUUGUGUAAAAUUACGAUACGGUAAAAGCAAGGAUGACUCGCCUUGGCUUUGGGAUUAUAUGAGAAAAUAUACUGAACAACUUGCAUCGUUAUUUCACGGAUUUCGAAUUGAUAAUUGCCAUUCAACUCCACUUCACGUUGGUUUAUAUUUUCUUGAUUCAGCACGUCGUGUGCGACCUAAUUUAUAUGUUGUUGCAGAAUUGUUCACCGGUUCUGAGGAAAUGGAUGUCAAAUUUGUGCGUAAGUUGGGUAUCAAUUCGCUUAUUCGAGAAGCUAUGCAAGCAUGGGAUUCUCAUGAAUUAUGUAGAGUAAUACAAAAAUACGGCGGAAGACAUUUUGUUGAUUUCAUGUCGCUCAAGUCGCCCACUAAUUACAAAGGGUAUAUGGAUGUGGAAUUUCUUACGGACGUAUCUUUUACGGAUAUUAAUCUGUCCGAUGAUUCUUGUAUCGUGAUUCCAGUUCCAGGAUCUGACCCACAUUCACUUUUCAUGGAUUGUACCCAUGACAAUCAAACUCCUCAUCAAAAACGUACAGCCGAAGAUACUUUAUCUAAUGCUUCUCUUGUUGCCAUGAGUGCAUGCGCUAUAGGAAGUGUGAGAGGAUAUGAUGAAAUCUAUCCAAAUUUGAUCGAUUUAGUUAAGGAAACAAGACAAUAUAAAUUAGAAAGUAAACCUCUUAACGUUGGUAUUAGUCGAGUCAAAAAAAUUUUGCAACAUUUGCAUACUGAAAUGUCCAUAGAUGGUUAUAUUGAAACACAUGUACGAAAUGAAAAUGAUCACAUUAUUGUACAUCGUAUUCAUCCUCAUACCCAUAGAGGAUAUUUAUUAAUCGCACAUUGCGCGUUUACUAAAUCCACAAAAAUACGUGGUGAAUUGUCACCUAUAAAAUUACGAGGCACCAAGGCAGAACUAUUAUUUUCUGUUGGUUUGGAAAUUAAUUCUCGUGAUUUCGUUCUUGAAAAUAAAUAUCUUACUGGACUUUCAUCUUCACUUAAAACCUUGGAUGCACCUGAUUUGCGUGAAGCAUUUGAUGAAAAUGGUCAAUUCACAGAAAUUAUAUUACCAAAUGAAUUUCCUUCUGGUAGUGUCAUGUUGUUAAAAACUUGGGUUGAUAAACAACAUGAUGAGCUUGAUGGAUUUAUCGCUUCAGAAGUUGACGAAGCCUUUGCUGAUCUGAAUUUAACCGAUUUGAACAUCAUAUUGUAUCGUUGCGGUGGGGAAGAAAGCGAUAUUACUCCUGGCCACGGAACGUAUAACAUUCCUGGAUAUGGAGAAAUCCCAUAUUGUGGUUUAGAGGGAUUUAUGUCAAUUUUGCGUCCAAUUACGAAAGAAAACGAUUUAAGUCAUCCGUUAUGUGCGAAUUUACGUGAAGGUCCUUGGGCCUUGGAUUAUUUGGUAGAACGGCUUAUAAGACAUCUAGAAUACGCGCCGAACCUUAAAAAUUUAUGUACUUGGUACAAUGAAAGAAUUGCCUCCAUAAAAUCCGUUCCAAGUUUCUUAAUUCCUAAGUACUUUGCUUUACUUGUUAAAACGGCUUAUGCAGGGGCCAUUAAACAGUCAUUAAGCCUAAUGACUCCUUUUGUGUAUAAAGGAGGAUCAUUUGUUCGAUCGUUAGCAUUAUGUUCUGUUCAAAUGUAUGGAACAGUACUUUCUACUGGUUUACAUCCCACAGGUAUAUGCCCAUCAUUGGCUGCUGGAUUACCUCAUUUUGUAAAUCGUCAUAUGAGAGUUUGGGGGCGUGAUGUUUUUAUUUCAUUACGUGGUUUAUUACUUACAACUGGUAAUUAUGAAGCUGCAAGAAAUCAUAUACUUGCAUUUGGUGCCAUUCUUAAACAUGGAAUGAUACCUAAUUUGUUGGAUAGUGGUAGACGUCCUCGAUACAAUUGUCGAGAUGCUACUUGGUGGUAUUUACAAGCGAUUCAAGAUUAUUGUAAAUUAUCUCCUGAAGGUUUAGAUUUUCUUCAAACACCAAUUGUCCGAAGAUUCCCAAAGAAUGAUUUAUUCAUUGAAGCAGAUGAUCCAUUAGCAUAUAAAUACAAGACAACGAUUCUUCAAAUUAUUCAAGAAAUUAUGGAACGUCAUGCACGUGGAAUACAUUUUAAAGAAUGGAAUGCAGGCGUAAAUCUUGAUCACGCCAUGACAACAAAAGGAUUUCAUAUUGACAUUGGUGUAGAUUGGGAUACAGGAUUUGUUGUUGGAGGUAAUGAAUUUAAUUGUGGUACUUGGAUGGACAAAAUGGGUGAAUCUGAGAAAGCAGGAAAUAAGGGAAAACCGGCAACACCAAGAGAUGGUGCAGAUGUAGAAAUUAUUGGGUUGUUGAAAUCUACAUUGAGGUGGAUAGUUGAAUUGUUGGAUAAAGAUAUUUUUCCAUGGAAAGGUGUAGAGCUGAAAGAAGGACGUAUUAGAAAAUUAAUUACAUAUGAUGACUGGAAUGAUUUGGUUCAACAAUCAUUUGAAGAAAAUUUCUAUAUUCCACUUGAUCCGAAUAAGGAUUCAAAAUAUAUUCUGGAUCCAAAGCUUGUCAAUCGUAGGGGUAUUUACAAAGAUGUGUGCAAAUCAUCAAGAAAAUUUGAAGAUUAUCAAUUACGACCGAAUUUUCCAAUUGCGAUGGUUGUGGCACCUGAAUUAUUUAACCCACAUCACGCGCACCAGGCUUUGUUAAUAGCACGUGAAGUUCUUAUGGGGCCAUUGGGAAUGCGUACUCUUGAUCCUGCAGAUUGGGCAUACCGGGGAAUUUAUGACAAUGAUUAUGACGGUAUAGAUCCCUCUAUCGCUAAAGGAUGGAAUUAUCAUCAGGGACCUGAAUGGCUUUGGGUCACUGGUUAUUUCCUUCGAGCCUAUCUCCAUUUUGAUAUCCGAGUUGGAGACGGUAAAGAUAAUCCAAAAAAAACUGUUAAUGCUAUAACACAUCUUCUCUUACCCCAUCGUUCGAAAAUCGAGACAAAUCCUUGGGCUGGUCUUCCUGAAUUAACAAAUGUAGACGGAGCAGAUUGUUCGUACGCAUGUCCAACUCAAGCUUGGUCAGCGGCAACAUUAUUGGAUUUGUUUUAUGACAUAGACAAACUUAAGUUAUCUUCAGCAUUAUAA